AUGCGUCGCCUCACCCGUCUCGUCACUGGGACAGCUGCUCGCAACGUUACCACUGGCGAGACGAUUUCAGACAGAUUCGCGUCUGGCGUGGAGCGUGCGUCGGAGGAGUCGCACCCGCUCCUGUAUCAGGUGCCCGUCUUCGCCUCACGCACGGUUGGCCGCGAGGCUGAGGUGCGCACGCUGUGGCAGAACCUUCUUUGUGGCCGCCACUACCAGGUGCUUGCCGGCCUUGACGGUAUCGGCAAGUCCACUAUUGCUGCCGAGUUCUGCGACACGGUGAAACACAGCCAGCGAUUCUCCUGCAUUCAGUGGUUCAACGGGAAGCAUGCGCUUCAGUCUCAACUGCAGCACUUCUUCGCCUCCAUGAAGGGGCGGAAGGAGAAGGACGUGCUUCUGGUCGUGGACGAUGUGGCCUCUCCUGAAGAGGUGCUGGCGCUCAUUCCAGAGCACGCGAGCGUGUACGUGCUGAUGACGACCAGCGCGGCAAAUGUGAUGAGCUCGACGAAAAUAGCGUGUCUCUCUACAUCUGCUCUCUCGCCUCAGGCAAGUCGGCAGUUCUUGUCGGAGCUGACGUUCUCGCAGGAGCUGGAGACGGUGUUUUACAACCUGGGCUACGUUCCGCUGCUGAUGCACAUUGCCUCCUUGCUCAUGAAGGGGGACGUCUGCAGUGCACCACAGCUGGGCCGCCUACUGAUGGAGAAGAGUGUACGGCGUGACGACGCUCUCAGCAUCUCCGCGGCCCUUUCGGUGUUGGUGGAUAUUGGAAUUGCAGAGCUGGAGAAGACGUACCCUAACGCACGCGCGAUGCUGCGCAUCAUCAGCUGCUUUCACGUGAGCGACGUGUCGGACGCUGUGGUGGGGGCCAUCGUUGGCAAUGCGGCUGGUGACUUCUCUGUGACAGCCUCACAGCUCGGGAUUUUGUCGCCCAAGUGGGAGGAGGGAGCAUUUGCACUGCACCCACUCGUUGCAAAGGUGCUGCGCGAACCGCUGGAGGCACACGUCGUGGCGAAGGCGGCGGACGCGCUGUUGAGCUUGUGGCCUCACCGUUGGCGCGGGAUGGGGAACCGCUUCGCCUACAACCUUGUCUGGCACACGUAUACGGUAGCUCAGCACUUUGCAGCUUGCGGGGCCACGUUGAUGCCGGCCAUUGUGACGUCGAUGGACCGCAGCGCCACGUUCCUCGCUCAUGUCGAGGUUCGAGACUUGGCCGUGGCGGCUCAGUUGUGGAUGCAAGUGUACGAGCAGGACGUCUCACGGAAGGAGGCGCCGUCGCCGGACAGUGUGCGUAUGCUGCGGGAGUGCGGCCGCCUACUUCACUUUCUGAAGGACCCACGCGCAGAAGAGGUUUUGCAGCACGCAUGGAAGGACUGCGUAGUGGUGCACGGGAAGAGCUCCGCCGAGUCGGCGCUCAUUCUCGGCUGCCUCGCGCCGUACUUGCCAGCGACUAACGCUAAUCUAUCGCUGGUGGAGGAGGCGGUGGCCGUGUUGGAGGGGCGCCUCGUCUCGGUUGACCUCGUGCUGGCGAGGGAGGAGGUUCGUAUGGUGUGGCAGACCAUCUUCGUGCUGCUCAUGUGCAAGGGGCAGUACAUGACGGAGAUGCACUUGGCGAUUCCGGAAGAUCUCAUGCGCGCUCUCGAGCGGGCGGAUGGUGAGGCGGCGAAGGUGAGGUAA